GCCCACCACCGUACGGAACCCGUGAACCCUCCCGCGCGGUUCGCCGUGCAGAACCGCCAGCGCCGUUUCGCCGUGGACCCGCGGGAGCUUUCCGCCUUCCUCGAACGAAUCGCCGCGGACGUGGCGCCGGGGGACCAUCGCACGGCUACCCUCCGGAUCGUCUCGGACCGGAAGAUCCGGGAACUGAAUCGCCGCUUCCGCGACCAGGAUCGCCCGACGGACGUGCUCGCCUUUCCGGCGGAUCCCGCGGAGUACCUCGGGGACCUGGUGGUCUCCGCGGACACCGCCGCGCGUCAGGCGCAGGAAGUGGGCGUCGGACUCGACGACGAAAUCCGCGUCCUCGCGGUUCACGGCUACCUGCACCUCCUCGGAUACGACCACGAGCAGGACCGCGGCGAGAUGGAGAGACUCGAGCGCGUGCUUCGAUUACGGCACGGACUGCUCCGUAAUUAG